UUUUGUUCUGAAGAAGUUUUUAAAAUUUUCCUCCUCUGGAAAACGAGUCUCAUUUUCCCUAGCGAAAAAACGAAACGGCACCCCCAACAAUAAUCCACUUUAGUUCUUCCUCUUUUCCCGUCUCCUCUUCUCUCUGUUAGGCCUUCGUUAUUCGAUUCGCCGGGACCCUUAUUCGAUCCGUCGGAAAUUGGAAGAUUCCGGCUAACAGUUGCGUCGUAUUGCUGAAGCAGUAGAUGAGUAUACGAUUGGGGAGGAGUUGAGGGCAACCGGCCAGGAUUUCGUCACCGGAUGGAGGGAGGUAGCGUCUCUAGACUUACUUGUUCUGGGAUAUACCCAUGGAUUAUGAUGAAAAUGAUUUUCAAAGCCAGAAUCUUCAUUUAGCUGGUGAAGGAAGCAACAAGUAUCCUCCAGUUUUACGCCCAUAUGCUCUUCCCAAGUUUGAUUUUGAUGACAGCCUUCAUGGCCAUUUAAGAUUUGAUGACAGUUUGGUUGCAACUGAGGUUUUUCUUGGUAUUGAAAGUAACGAAGAUAAUCAGUGGAUUGAGGACUUCUCUCGGGGGAGUAGUGGAAUAGUGUUUAGUUCAAGUGCAACUGAGUCCUGUGCAAUUUCAAGACACAACAAUGUUUGGUCUGAGGCCACCUCCUCAGAAUCUGUGGAAAUGCUUCUAAAAUCUGUUGGGCAGGAGGAAUUAAUACCUGAACAAAAUAUUGUUAAGGAUUCAGAUGCUUGUGAUGAGUUGGGCUGCAUUAUGAAGCAAAUGGAGCCUAGUCUGAAGCGUGAUGAGAGCAGUGUCCUGAAGGCAGCAGAUGAAAACUUGCAACCAACACUACUGCUGGAUGAAACAUUAGGAAACUUUUCUGGUUUAAAGGAGGAUGUAGUAGUGCGACAGCCGUUGGUUAAAGAUGUAUCACAAGCUGGUGAAGGUGAUUCAUCCGCAGAUGGUGGUUUUAGUGAUCUGAAUCCAUGCACUGUUGGUGGAAAGGAAAGCAUAAUGUUGAUGAAGGGGAAUGAAUUUUGGGGAUGUAGAAUGUGUUGAUGUUGGCGAAAGUAAGGCCGCCACUAUGGUUACUGAACAUCUUGGUAACAGGAUGCAAGGAGAUUCUUCUGCUUCAAGCAUUCAAAUAGAAAAUCAGGUUUCUCCCAGUCAAAAUAUUAGUUCAGAUUGUUCUCAGAUCAAUGAUCAAGAUCUGCAUCUAAAAAAGCCAACUGUUGAGAGUUUGCAAAAUGAUAGUGCUGAGAACCAGGAGGAAUGUCUUGUAAGCUUAGAGACUAGGAUACAUGAUGAGAGCACA